AUGGGUUGUGUUGGAUUAAGUGUCGGAAUCGGCAAUGUUUGGAGAUUCCCAUACUUGGCCUAUCAGAAUGGUGGUGGUGCUUUUCUCAUUCCCUACCUAAUAAUGCUAACUCUUGCGGGAAAGCCCAUGUAUUUCAUGGAAUUGGCUUUCGGUCAGUUCGGGGGCACCGGACCCCUAACCAUAUGGAACUGCGCUCCCAUUGCUAAAGGAGUUGGCGCUGCUAUGAUCGCCGUC